CCCAAAUCAGCGCCUUCUCCAGGACAAAGGGUACACCGGCAAAUGCUACCGAUCGCAUCGAAGGUGGCAAAAUGCAAGCGCACAAGAGGCUGGAUGGACCAAUGUGUAGGGUAGUCGACAAGGGGUGGCAAGCCGGGGUAGGUGACGUUUAACCGCCAGAACUGGGAAAUCCAGGACCCAAAUACAGAGAAGAAGGGCACAUUUCAGGCUCUUGAACAACGUCUCGAAUGUUUUACAGUCAGACCUCGCUUAUCCGGUCCUCUUUUAUCCGGAUCCCUCGCCAUCCGGAAGAAAAUCGUUGAUUACUGAUUUACAGCAUAUGUCAUGCAUGCAUACAGUAUGACGUUGUGUGUUCGAUUACCCGGUUCCCUCGCCUAUCCAGAUAUCUUUGUGGAAAGCGGAUGUGUGCGGCGAGGGCGAGGGCGAGGGCGAGGGCGAGGGCGAGGGCUGGAUAUGUUUUAAAUAGUAUACUGUCAAGCCUUAUCAAAUAACUUUUAAAGAAGAAAUACUUGUAGGUACACUAGUGAACUGAGCUUUGGAGAUACAUGUAUUGUUCAAGAGCCUGAAGUGUGUCCUUCUUCUCAGUGUUAUUGCGUCUUGUCUCCGAGGAAACUGUCCGAGUACGUACAGGGAUAUACUACUAUCCAGAAAAUUACGGUAUGUUUGUUCCGUCUGAUUAAGUAUUUCGCUCCUGCUUUUGUAGCAGUUGAGCACUCUCGUGUAGGGUAGUGCUUUUGCUGUUUGCGUUAUGCAGAGCUCACUGACUUGUCAGUUUGAGCACUCUGGCAAGGUACGUUCGGGCCUGUUUUAAAUCUGGCUUUGGUAUAUCUAUUUUUCAUUGCUAUCAGGUUCGGCCUCUUAUUCUCUGUGCUGCGCUGAUGAGUCCACAAGGGGCGAAGCAGUUCUGUCCGCAGAUUGAGUUCCGUCUGGUUGUGUAUUAACGCAGGUGUUAAGAGACCACCAAGCUAAGGAGAUCAAGGAUUUGGAGGCUGAAGUGGAAGCUGUCAAGCUGGGGAACAAGGAGCAGCAGCAUGACAUGAAGCAUGCGUACUUGCAGAAGAGGAAAGUCUUCGAGGACGAGGCUGAAGAGAAAAUCACGAAAAUGAAGCAGGAGGCAAAGCAGGAUGCCCAGAGACGAGUGCAGGAGCACAUAGUGCGGGUGAAACGUGAGAACGAGGCCCUACGUGCCAAGAUCAACGACCUCUCCGACGACUGCAAGGGCUUUGAGAAGUCGCGCGUCAAGUUUCUCCAGGACAUUGGUGAGCUGGAAGCGGAGAAGCGCUCUCAAGAACGAAUCAAUCAGUUUCGCUACGGAACACCCAAGAGUUCUGCCAAGCCGCAGAACGCAGCAUCGAGCGUUCAGGAGCGGUUAUCGUUCACACAGUUUGUUCCCGACCGUCGCACGUUCCCGUCGGAUGGCAUUCCCCGUGCGCCUAUUCUCUCAGCCUUGCCCAGCAGUACCCGCCACAGCCGGCGCUCAUCGGGAGCUGCUCGCAAGAGGAACUACUGAUCCUGGUAUGGUCAUACAGUUAUGUGUUUUUGCUGGUAUUGCGUGGUCGUUGAUCACAUGAUGUGCAUGAUGUCGUCGCUACAUGCUCACUGAGUGGUCACAUGACAUGAUGCCAUCAGUCUGUAGUCACGUGAUCACAUGACAUGAUGUCAUCAUCAGUGUAUGGUUUCUGUGAUCAGACGGGAUGACGUCAUCAGAAUUGUUACACUCACCAUGGUCACGUGAAAUGUCAACAGUUGUAGUCAGGUGAUAACUUGAGGAACUGUCACAGCCGCUGUGAAUCACAUGGAAAUCUUCAUUGACCUAGCCUGAUCACAUGAUCAUACUACAUGUAUAGACACGACAUCAGAUCACAUGAUCAGAAUAUUAGCAUGACAUCAUAAUUUGAUCACAUGAUCAGACUAUACUCGUUACACCAUGACUGGGUUUAUAGUUUAUACGCAUGACGUCAUAAUCAGAUCACAUGAUCAUGUGGAUAUGUGGAUAUUCAGAACAUCUCAAGAGCAUGUGUACUGUCAAAGAUAUUUUGCAAAGAGAGCGCAUGCUUACAGCUGUGCACACAUACGUUGACUGCCGGCGUGUUGUUCACUUUCUGAUGGGGCUGCAUCGGUUCUGAACGUCAUUCAUUGCCGCCACCUCUGUCUCAGUUCACAGCGCUGACCAUCGUUGCACCUAAUCAUGCGUACGUUAUUGUGAAUAGUUCCGCUGUAGGAUACCAGUACUACCAUUCUUCAACAAUCCCCCCCCCCCCCACCCCCCACCCCACCCCCCCCCCCUCCCCUCCCAACACACACACACACGCACACACACAGUUUUGCAAUGGACUGAACAAUACUCAACAGCGUCACCUGUUCAUCACCUAUCAUAUUCUUUACUAUACCUGGAACUACUGUAUGUGCAACUGUAUGUGCAAUGUGCAUCGAAUUUUUACUUUAUCACUAUUCUAUUAAUUAAUGAAACUUGUAUCCUGUAGUGAAAUACUGCGUACCAACGCGCGUACCGAACGCUCGUCGUUCUAUUCCCUCAUCGUUGUGUACUUUCAGGAAGCGUCCUAUUGCAUGGCAGUGACAUCAUCAAUUCCUGUUUUGUGUUUUGUGUUUUCAUUGUACAGUAGUAGUAUACUAAGUGUAGUCAUGUUAAUUCCCAGGAAAGUCUACGUAUUUGUCCUUGCUGAUUCUCUAUGUUUGAUCUCCAUAUGGAAAAUAGAGAUGUGUGAAUACA